ACAAAACAAGAGUCGGUCGUUUUGUUUUGAAAGGUGUUUCCUGUUGUCUGUGCUCGCGCGCAGGUCGUGAAGAUGAACGCGCCUCCCGCCUUCGAGUCGUUUCUUUUGUUUGAAGGAGAGAAAAAGAUCAGCAUCACCAAAGACACCAAGGUCCCGAAUGCCUGUUUGUUCACCCUGAACAAGGAGGACCACACGCUGGGCAACAUCAUCCGAGCUCAGCUGUUGAAGGAUCCUCAAGUUCUGUUUGCCGGUUAUAAAGUUCCUCAUCCUCUGGAACACAAGAUCGUCAUCAGAGUGCAGACCACACCUGACUACAGCCCACAGGAAGCGUUCACUAACGCCAUCACUGACCUCAUCAGCGAGCUCUCUCUGCUCGAGGAACGCUUCAGAGUCGCCAUCAAGGACAAACAGGAAGGGAUCGAGUGACGUGCCGCUCCCUGAUGUCACUUCCUGUCUGUAGCUGUUUGUGUUCGAUGAUUGGUUUAUUUUUAUAAAUAAAGUGUGAUGUCACAAACCUGCA